AUGGCCACUUUUUAUGGCUCCACCUCUGACAAAAAAGACAGAAUUUCUACAUCCAUCACAUCUUUUGAAUCUGAAUAUGAAGAUUCUAAUCCAUUUGCUGAUCUCAAAGUAGCAGACUACUAUCGCGAGUUAUACGAAAGCACCAAGUAUGAAUGCCGGCAUGUAUUUGAUCCGCUAUAUGAAUGGAGUAGAAGCGAGGAGCAGGAAGUUAUCAAAAUAUUGGACUUUCGGGUAGCAUUGAUGGCUUGUAUAAUGUUUGCUGGACUCCAGAUAGAUCGUGGGAACCUUGGCCAGGCCAUCUCGGACAAUUUUUUGGACGAUUUGGGUCUUAGUAUUGAAAACUACAAUUCAGGCAAUACUAUUUUCUUGGUUUGUUUCAUCUUGGCAGAGCUUCCUUCCCAGCUUUUAUCGAAAAAGUUUGGUCCCGAUAUUUUCGUUCCAACACAAAUGGUCGCAUGGAGUAUAGUGGCUAUUUGCCAGAGCGCAAUAACAGGAAAAUGGACAUUUUACUUUACAAGAGGUUUAAUUGGAGCAUUGGAGGGAUGCUUUGUUGCGGAAUUGGUACUUUGGCUUUCGUAUUUUUACAAAAGUACAGAGUUACCCAUUCGCCUAUCUUGGUUCUGGUCCACCCUUUCACUAGUUCAAAUUGCAACCCACCUAAUGGCAUAUUUUGUACUUCGUUUGCGAGGCUGUUUUGGAAUAGAGGGCUGGAGAUGGCUCUUUGCAGUCGAGGGACUGAUAACUCUUGCAAUUGGAACCGUCUCAUACAAUCUCAUGGUACCGCUGGCGGUGCACACCAGAACGGCAUUCAGCCCGCACGGCUGGUUUACAGAAAAAGAAGAAAAAAUCGUCGUUAAUAGGGUGCUUCGAGAUGAUCCUUCCAAGGGCGAUAUGAACAAUAGAGAAUCCCUAACUUUGGGUUCCAUUGUGAAAUCUUUGCUUGACUUUGAUCUUUGGCCAAUUUACACCAUUGGUCUCAUAGCGUUUAUUCCCACCGGUGCGGUAGACAAGUACCUAGCUGUAACGUUGAGAAACAUGGGUUUUUCCACCUUCAGUACAAACUUGCUAGCCAUUCCUCAUCAAAUACUCCAUACUGUGUUACUUUUGUGGGUUACAAAACUAUCUGAAAGAAUUGGUCAAAAGGCUCUAUUGGCAUUUGUGGUUCCAUUAUGGACAAUACCCUUAAUUGGCAUCUUGGCUUUUUGGAAAAAUUCCAUGACCAAUGCCUGGGGAACCUGGCUAGUGACUACACUUCUUCUUGGUGGACCUUAUAUUCAUGCCAUAUGUGUGGCAUGGGUAUCCAGAAAUGCCAAUAGUAUUCGCAGCCGUACUGUCGGAUCUGCUGUUUACAAUAUGAUGGUGCAAAUAGGAGGAAUUCUCAGUACCAACAUCUACCGCCAAGAGGAUGCUCCUUUUUUUAGACAGGGAAACAAAAAAUUGUUCAUUAUUGCAAUUGCAAUUAUUCCGGUGCUUCUUUUCACAAAGGCAUACUAUAUCGUGCGCAACAGACAAAAAAGCCAAAAGUGGUCUUCAAUGUCGUUGGAGGAGAGAGAUCACUACAUGCGUACUACAAAAGACUCGGGAAACAAGCGACUUGACUUUCAUUUCGCCCACUAA